GCCUGCAAGUGAGGGUGUGUGACUUGGAGAAACAAGUGGACACCAUCACUACCACAUUGCAGGCGUUGACCCGCCGGUGCAAGCAGCUUCUGCGGCCGCCGACUUCAAAGGGGUGACGCAGAAGCUGCUGCAGGCCUUGGAGUCUCCCGCGGAGGACGAGGAGGAGGCGGGGCCGUCGACGGGAAAGCGAGGCACCAGGGAGAGGACUCCAAGGCCUCGGAGUCCUAGGCAGGAGGAUCGGAUCCUGUCGAGGAGGAGAGCGCCACGUCUCGGUACCCCGAGCAUAACGCGGUCCUGAACCAGCUCCUGGAGGAGUACCGCCUGCACCAGCAGAGCCCGGAACCCUCCAGGAAGCUGAAGGAGAACGUGGCGGGAAAGAUUUACAGGAUCUGGUCCUUCAUCGGGCACAUGGCGGCGGGGAAGGGGCGCCUUUCCACCUUGGAGUUCCUGGACGACCCCGGGAUGAUCAGGAAAUGGCUGGGCAGCUUGAGGUUGUCUAAAAUAGCCGAGACUACUAUCAACCAUUACUUCAAGAACGCUGCCCAGUUCAUGGACUACGUCUCGGAGACCCCCCCUCCCACGUCCCGCCUGUCGAAGAAGGCCCUGACGGGGAUCAGGCGGUAGUUGAGGUCACUGAUUAGGGGCCUCAAGAGGGGGGUGGUGAUGCACCAGAUAGGGGUGAAGCAGGCGAAGGAGGGCCGGCUGAUCCCCAAACUGGUGCUGAGAAAAUGCCGCUCCGAGGCGAAAGAGAUCAUCCCGGGGCUCCUAGACCAGCUGGAAGAGGACGGGCUGCAGAAAACCCAGUUCCAGCUCUACGGCCACUUGACGGCCUAUUUUGCCUCCAUCUAUGGUCACAGACUUGGGGUCCGUCAAGUCGGCCAGCUCGGGGUCGUACCUCAUAAACAUUUCGCUCCACAAGACUAACCAGGCGUUCGGUCCGGCGCAGCUGUCCCUCACGCCGGAGGAAUACUCUUGGUUUCGCCGGUUCCUGGCGAUGAGGGACAACCUGGUCGACGGGCCGGACGCCACCCACUUUUUCUACACAUCGACACCCAACCCCUGUAAAAACCUCAACAAUCUUUCCAGGCGGCUUGGGUGUCGAUGGGACUUCCGGGGAAGCCGACCUUCACCGACCUCCGGACCUCCAUCGCCACGCACGCACGCAACACCCACUCCUCGAGUAACCGGACCAAGGUGGCAAAAUUUAUGUGCCAUGACACCUUCACGGCCGACAAGUUCUAUGCCAUGAACUUGUCGGCGAAGCAGGCCGUGGAGCACCGCCGGUUAUUCGAGGAGGCGCUGUGCGGCGAGGAGGUCUCCCCGGCGAAGCCGUCCGAGGAGGGGACGAGUCGUAAGAGGGUGGCAAAGACCAAACACGGCGGCUGGAAACGCCGGCGGGAGGAGUCGCCGCCCACCUCCCCGUCUUCAAGCAGCUUGGAGGUGGGGGAGACGGUGACCUUCCAGGAGUCCGGGGUGUCGUCGAUCGACUCUCCCUCUAGCUUGGAGGAGUACCCCCGGACUCAGGGUUUGGCCAGCCCGCCCUCCCCUCAUCCUCGGACGCUUCGCGGGAAAGCCGACGUGAGUCUUCUCCGGAAGUCCGCGCUUCGACCAGGACGACCCCGAGCAGGACGACCCCGAGCAGCAGCCCGCCUCUCCCCGUACUAUGGCCCAGCAGCCCGCCUCUCCCCAACCGACAGCCCAGGAGCACGGGCGAACUUGCGGAGGGCCACCGAAGCCACCGGCAAGAAAAAGAAAAAAGCGUUGUAAAUAGUUCUCGUGUUCGUGCAGUUCAUUGUUCCUGUUAAGUGUGUUUUGUUCUUUUGUUUUAGUAAAUGUUCU